UACAUACUUGAGACCAGCGUAUACCCAAGAGAGCCAGAACCCAUGAAAGAGCUCAGAGAAUUGACUGCUAAGCAUCCAUGGAAUCUAAUGACAACUUCGGCGGAUGAAGGACAAUUCUUGAGCAUGCUAUUGAAAUUGAUCAAUGCUAAAAACACCAUGGAAAUCGGUGUUUACACUGGCUACUCCCUCCUUGCUACUGCUCUUGCUCUUCCCCAUGAUGGAAAGAUAUUGGCAAUGGAUAUUAACAGGGAAAAUUACGAAAUCGGGUUGCCCGUAAUCCAAAAGGCUGGCGUGGCUCACAAGAUUGAUUUUCGAGAAGGUCCUGCUUUACCUGUUCUUGAUUUAAUGGUUGAAGAUGUAAGUUUCACGCAUCUCUCUUCUAUAUUCUGCGCCAAUCAUACCUCUCUAUAAUAACAUCCCUAUAUGAUAGUUAUUCACUAUAAAAGUUAAAGUCCUAGUCUGAUAGAUUUUCCAUCCCAUCAAAAUAAUCCCCAACAGUGUCGAGGGAAGACAACACAUGUACGUCCUUUUUCCGCCCCCGCGAGGGGUGAAAG